CCUCAGUCCCUUCAUAACCAGCAGCCAGUUUGCUCUCACAGACCGAAAAACAGAAAAAAACGCAGGAGGGGACGAACUCUGGCGCUUUCCCCAGGAUGGAGAAGAAUUCUCCAUCCAAGCCAUCUGUGGCUGAGCUGGCUGGAAGGUUCAAAGGUCAUAUUAUACCAACGCCCACCUCAAAUGACGAGUCGCCAUUUUAUAGAAGACCUCCAUCUUCUCUGAAGCUGCAAAACCAAAAAGAUGAUAAUGAAGAAUCAGUUAAAACUAAUGCCUCUUCAAAGCCCUUUAAAAUGAAAAUGAAGAAUUCACCCAUCAUUGAGAAACUGCAGGCCAACCUUGCUCUGUCACCCACCGCUCUGCUGCCAUCGCCAAAGACUUCUGAGGUGAAGCUGCAGCCGGCGCCGCUGUCCCCCACCACACCCUGCAGCCCACAGAGCCCACUGGGUCCCACCCUGCGGCCCCAACAGUCCAUUGAAGAGGAGGAUCCUGUCAGCUUUGACAGCCCUCCUGAAGGCGCCCCACUGCCUAGCUUCAACAAGACUCGUGCACGACUAUCGUUCAAGAGGCGCCCGCCCACAAGACAGCACAGGAGGUCAGCUGGAGAGGAGGCAGGUGCCUUCGGUAGUGGUCUUUCCCCAUCUGAACUGUACAGCCCAAAAGAAAAUGGGGACGGGGACCUGGUUUUAGACAGCCCAGCAGAGGAAGCCGAACACAGCCAAGCUGAGGAGCGGGACAGGGACUGUGAAAAGACAAAGGAAGAUGUAGAAAAGGAUGAUCCAGAUAACAGGGAAGAUCUGGAGGAGCAGGCAGCAGAACAAGCCCUGACCUCUGAACGGCAGCCGUCGGAGCCUUGUCCUGCUGAGCAGACAGAGGGUGACUUUCAGAGAGAAGAGAAUCAGGAGGAGAUGCCAAGACCCACCAAGGAGGAAAUUAAAGGGUGUGAACUGUGAAUGUUUACGUCAAGGAAAUCAGAAAUAUAUGAAUAAGUUAUUCAGUGCUUUGAUUAAGAGAACUUUUUGAAAAUACUCUUCAUAAAGAGUUCAUCUAUUUUAAGGUUCUUUGUAUACCUGGUC